CCGGGAUGCAAGGCCGUUGACCACGAUGACGUGGGAAGGAAAAGAUACCGACGCCACAGGCCGCCACAGCGCCACAAAACGAACGUAAACUAAACCUCGACUUUCUUCAACCUCAUCCACAAUACGUCCUGGCGAAGGCAUUGCUCUGUGCUCUCCUGGUCCUGCUCUCAGCGAUUCUCCUGCUCCCAUAUACGGCGAUUCUGCCCCCGAUUUCCGCUAUGCCCCGCCGCGGCGCCAACUCCAGCGACCCCACUACCACUACGACAGCGCUCCCCGAGAAGACAGCAUGGCCUGCCACGUUCACGGAUGGCCUCCCGCUACCAAAGGUAGUCGUAUUUGACUUGGACUACACGCUAUGGCCGUUCUGGGUGGAUACACACGUCACACCGCCCAUCAAGGCGCACGAAGGCGGGCGGAAGGUCAAGGACCGGUAUGGCGAGGGCUACGGCUUCUACUCCGACGUUGGAGGCGUGCUUGACGCGCUGAGGCAGAAAGGCAUCCAAAUUGGCGCCGCUUCCCGCACACACGCACCCGAUCUCGGCCGCGAGAUGCUCAAGCUCCUCAAGGUCCCUCACGCGUCGUCCUCUUCUCAACGCGCGAUCGACUACUUCGAUCACCUCCAGAUAUACCCGGGUAGUAAGACGACGCAUUUCGAGCGCAUACAGCGGGAUACCGGCAUCGAGUAUGCCGAGAUGCUGUUCUUUGACGACGAGAGCCGAAAUAAGAAUGUCGAAGUGCUAGGCGUGGUAAUGUGGUUGGUAAGAGACGGAGUGACGAGAGAAGAGGUGGACGCCGGCGUGAGGAGUUGGAGGAAGAGAAACAGGAAGGUUCCGAAUUGAGAGGUCCGGCGCUACGACGUCCUCUUUGAUGUGACGGCUCUUAGCGUUUCAUGGGCUAGAUCAUGAUGAGGUUAGAUAAAAAGAGCGGGUUCGGUUACCAAAGGCAUCGUCGAAGCGCACAUACUAGGCCACCGGCCCAUCUCUUCCAAUACCUCUCAAUGC